UCGAGACCCUUCAACACUGGCAACUCUCAGUCUUGUAACGCUGCUCAAACCAACAGUAUGCCAAAAGCUCAGAAAACAGCAUAUUAUGCCGUACGCAAAGGACGUACGCCUGGGAUAUAUCCAACAUGAAUGCGAGGCCCAAGUGAAAAAUUUCCAUGGUGCUGUCUACAAGAAGCUCACCAGCGAGACGGAAGCCUUUGCAUUUAUGACCACAGAAUCGCAUCCCACCUCGCCUUCUUCAAAGCUUUCCUCGUCUGCGGCAUCGCCUGCUGCCAUAAGUCCACCGCGGAGCGUGGCGGCAACAUCGUCGACAUUCCGCCCUUCGACUGCUAUCGUUGCGAAUGAAAAAGAAGAAGAGUCUGGGUACGACGUUGUCUAUUCUGACGGUGCUUGCAAAGGAAACGGACAAGUUGGCUCGGUUGCGGGUGUGGGUGUGUGGUGGGGUUGGAACGAUUCCAGAAACAUCGCCGAACGAUGUCCUGGAGAUCAAACAAAUAAUAGGGCGGAACUCAUUGCAAUUGUUCGGGCAUUGGAGACCGCACCAUUCUCCCAGCGUCCGCUGAUGAUCAAAACGGACUCAAAGUAUUCAAUACAAUGCUUUGAAUCCUGGUUUCCAAAGUGGAGCGCAAACGGCUUCCGAACGGCCAACGGCCAACCCGUCAAAAACGCUGAACUGAUCAGGUACUUGGCGGCAUUGCUAUAUGCCCGGGAAAGAGCAGGACCAAAAGUCAUUUUCAAGCAUGUCAGAGGUCACGUUGGAAUCGAGGGCAACGAGUGCGCUGACCGAUUGGCUAACGAUGGCGCUCUACAACCCGAGCUACCGGAGCGAGAUUGGGAGCAGCUAAUCCGUGACUUGGAAAAGAAGCCAACAACGUCGAAGACGAUACCCGAGCCAGUCAAGUUGGACACAUUUACGCCGCGACAGGCCAUUGCCAUAUCUAGUGGCUCCUCUAACAGGCUUCCGCAGCCAUCCAUAGCAACGCGUGUUGCAAUUCCUCCAAGGGAAUCUACACCCAAAGCAGGGUUCCUCAGUCAAGCAGAAUUAGACGCCUAUGCAAGCUGCCUUCUCGAGACAGAUGACUUGGAAUCAGAUUUUUAGGCUCCUAAACUCGGAGCUCCUCGGAGUUUGUCUUGUGCCCGUGAGAUGGGAUUGGUUCUAUAUAGAACUUCCAUCGCCUGAUCAUCAUUUAUACAUGUCAUACUACACGUGUGCAGUCAUUGGUCCAUGAUGCAUGAUUCUGGAGGACACUGACCGCUACGGUACACGAAACUUCCCGAGAGCCAAUGGCUGACUCU